CUGAUCUGGUACAGAAGAUGUGGAGCUGAGUGGACUUGCCGAUUGUACCAGCGGUGUCGAGAUCUGCAUUUAAGGAGGAGGCUCGUGACGGACGCUACUUGGGCAGUUGGAGGCGGUCGCCCUCCAACAACAACGGAGGGCAGAGGAGCGACGCUCACAACAACGAGCGGAACGCCGGGUGGCUAAAAUUCAGAAAGUUGGCACAGCUGGGGUGGCACUGGGGUCUGCCUGUCAUUCUCGACCAUCAUUCCGGAGAUCUUGGCGCUUGGCCCAUUGUACCCGAGACCAGCAUGCAGCGGGUCUCCAGCGUGUUUGCCCUGGACAUAGCGGAUUCAAAUACGGCCUCCCUCGCCGGUGGCGUGACGCUGGCCGUGCACUGCCUGGAGCCGUGCGUCCUCACCUGCUACUGGGGCUGCGCGCUGGGCGCCGUGCACGCCGUGCUGCAGGGCCACGCGCGCCGCCUCCCAACGCUCCGCUCCCCGCAGCAGAUGGAGACGGCGCUGGGAGGUGAUUACCUCCACAGGGAGCAAUUUGCAAUAUCAAAAGAUGAGAAGGUGCUGCAGAGAGUGGAGCUGCCUGACGCUCUGCGGGGGGGAGACCUGGGCGGCGUGCCCAGACUCCGCUACCCGCUCGUCGUGCUGCUCACCCACGCCGAGCACCGGCCACAACCGCGGGCUCCGGACAUGGUGGCCUUGCUGACGUGCGUGCACCUGCCAGACCCUGUACAUAGCGUGUCCUGCCGGGUGCUGCACCAGCUGUUGCUCACACACUCUGGGCUCUCGUAUGAUCUGAAAAGGCUGUACAUGUCAACAGAUGCGCCCGAGGAUUCGCAAAGCGAUGAGGGCGUGACCUCACAGGUGUUGCCCGAGGUCAGGGCGGAGGGGCAAGUCGCUGCCCAGGAGGAGGAGGACGGUGAUGGACAGGGCGGCGCAUGUCGAGACUGCGUGGUUUGCCAGAAUGCCAAAGUGAACCGGGUGCUCCUACCUUGUCGGCACACGUGCUUGUGCGAUCACUGUGUGCAAUAUUUCAGGCAGUGCCCAAUGUGUAGACAAUUCAUACAGUUUUCCUUCCCUUUAAACCCUGAUUAAUAACAAGAGAUGUUCUGCUUAAUGGACCGGCAUUGAAAACGUGAAACAAAGCGGUGGAUGAGAGCAGGUACUUUUGGAAAGAUGAACGAUUUUAAUGAGUGCGUGCUGCCUGCGAUGACGUACGGAUCAGAAACACAUUAAUGACAAAAUUUAACGAAAACUGAAAAGUCCCCCAAUAGGCCAGGAGAGAUGCAAGGUGACAAUUACAUUGAGGGACAAAGGUGGAACGCGUGGAUUGGAAAACACAGGUUAAUGACAUCGGUUAGCACGAUUGGCUACUAACAGUGCAAAAGAAGUUCAACAUACAUUGACACCGUAAAUAAAAGUGAGUGGAGGUGGGUUUGGCCAGAACACUGUGCGAGAACGGAUGAUGGCUCAUGGUCAAGAAUAACAAUGGGGUUGCAACCAAUGAAAUGUGUCUAAGAGCAUGUCCAUCGAGGAGAUGGGAGUAAAGAGUUUGUGCAGGUGGUAUGCUGAUUCUUACAUUGCAGGAUCGUGAGAGGUGGUGGCGACUUGGGGAGUCCUUCAUCCAGCAGCCAUGGCUGGCGAUCAUAAUAGAUUCUACGACUAAUGAACGCACAGGAUUUGUUUCUCAUUCAACCGACUUGCCCUCGAUUAUCUUAUCCCCUCAUAGAAACUCGCAUGCCUUCUGGUUUGAGUAUAUUAAUGUUUUGACGAGGUGAGAACUCAAGGGGCAAUGAAAGUCUCAUUUGCAAGAGUGACUUCGUCUUACCUGGAUACACAGGAUCUUGAAAUUGAACUUACAACCGAGUUGAUGCCAAGUAAGAUUUUUCUCAGGAACGUUGCCGUAUUUCAGGGUGUUGUCGUGUUUUUUGUGACAUCUAAACGAGCAAUUUUGCACAGACGCAUCAGCCACCGCUCCUUGCAGCUGAAGCAUCAGCCACCGCUCCUUGCAGCUGAAGCAUCAGCCACGAAGCGACUCCGGUCGCCAUCCACAUCCUCCCCCCCCCCCCCCCCCACUUGGUGUUGAAGGUUUGAGAGUCCAUUGGUUUGUUUACUUCGGUAUGCCAUCUGUCGAGACUCAUUUCCCCCCGGCACGUAUCUACCAUUGUUAGAUCAUUUAUUACAUUAGGGGCCGUCCAUAAAUGACGUCACGAGAUUUUGGACGAUUUUUCACCCCCCCCCGCCUCGUCACACGGCGUCACAAAAAGUCAGACCCCCCUCAAAUAUGACGUCACAAAGCUCUGCCCCCCCCCCAACCAUAUUUCCAUUUUGAAAAUAAAACGUGCUUAAAAUCGCUUUAAACUAUUGUCAUUGUAGUGCGUAUUUAAUGUGGCGCUGCACUCUGAUGUUGUAGGAGAAAACAUUAAAAAGUCUAUUUAAUUAAGUAGAACGUGUUGUCUAUAUUUAUUUAAAGUUGCGCAUUUUGAUGUGACGUCACAUUUCUCAAACCCCCCCCCCCCCGUCACAUGUCUGACCCCCCUCCCCCCCCCCAGUUGCGUGACGUCAUUUAUGGACGGCCCCUUAACAUUGCAUUGAUGUUUAGACAUGUAAACCAUCACCCAGUAACACGUGUUGCUUGUGAUGCUUUAUUAAAUCAAAGAAGAUUAGCACAUGCUUAGCAAUGUUUUAAUUGAAAAUCUUAAAGUUCAAAUGUAAAGCACAGGUAUUCCGAAGCAGACUUCCAUGGAGUGGAGUUAAAAAUUGAAAGGAAUAUGCGAAACCAAACUCUUCUGCGUGUCCCAUCCUCUUAGAACGUAGGAGAGUUGGCCUGCUUUGAAAGGAGAAGAACUGUAAUGGUUGGCAGAAUUAUUGAGAUCUACGGGGAAGCAGUGAAAGGGUGAGAGAGAGACGUAAUCCCAGCAUGCACUUAGUGUGGCGCAGGACAGAGUUCGCUGGUGAUGCUCGUGGAGACUGCUUCACCCUGGCCAGGUGAGAUUGUGAAAAAGCUGAGGGGAUAUGCUGGAGGAAUAAAAACAAAAAUGAAGUUUCAGGUAAUAAGGAAGAGUUGCCACAGAACUAUUGAAAGAUGUGUUGUGAAUUGUAUUAUAAGUCAUGUUGUAGAACAUUUAAUUUGUCUUGUAAUCAUUUUAUAUUAAAGCUGAAUUUUAAAAUAAUUAGAAAAAUGCAUUCCAGUUUAAGACACCAUGACAAACACAUGUGAAUCGUCGUAUGGCAACACCUACAAUUACAUGCAACCUACAGCCCAAAAAUGACAGUAUUUUACAUCUUAUUUUCUUCCUCUUUAGUGAUACAUUUUAAAGAGAAUUGUAGAAUGUUUCAGGCCUGGACCACACGGUCACCUUGUUUUUUGUUAUCAAAACGUUUGAGGCAGUGAUACUUUAUUACUGGUAAAUACUUAUCGUAUUUCACUCGACACAAGUUCUUUCCUACUAAUGGAUUUUGUCGUGUGAAUGUGUUGCACUUAUUAAGUAUUUCAGCAGACAAAAUGUUAUAAAUAAACAUUCACUGACAAGCAAGUCU